AAAUAAUAAUAGAAUGACCAGAAAAAUUGAUAUACCAAUGAAACAAAAUCGAUUAACGAUGAAUUUUAAUUCAAAUCCAAUGGAAGGUAAUCCAACUACCGAUGGUAAUGGACGUAUUGAAUCAUUAAUGUUGGAUCCAUUGCAAACAUCAUCACCAUCGCCAUCACCACCACCAUUGUCAAUGAUCAAUCCAAUUACAAUGAAUGGUGGUGGUGGUGGUGGUUAUAAUGUUAAUCAAAAUGAUCACCCGAAUUCUGAUCAUAUUGUCUAUCGAUUAGCAUUGACUGGUGGUCCGUGUAGUGGUAAAACAACUGGCCAGGCAAGAAUAUCGACAUUUUUUGAAAAUCUUGGCUGGAAGGUAUAUCGUGUACCAGAAACAGCUACCACUUUGUUUAGUGGUGGUAUUCGUUUUCCUGAAUUAAAUAAAGAUGAAGCGGAUAAAUUCCAAGAAAAUCUUAUCAAAGUCAUGAUUUCUAUUGAAAGAACAUUUUUUACAUUAGCACAGAGUUGUAAUCGUAAUUGUUUGAUUAUUUGUGAUCGUGGUGUUAUGGAUGCUACAGCAUACAUGUCCGAUGAAUGUUGGCAACGGUUUUUACGUGCAAACAAAUGGAAUACUGUCGAUCUACGUGAUAAUCGUUAUAAUCAGGUUGUCCAUUUGGUUACAUCAGCUGAUGGUGCUGAAGAAUAUUAUAACAUUGAAGGCAAUCCUGUACGUACUGAAGGCCUCGAAUUGGCUAGAGAAUUAGAUCGAAAAACUAUGGAAGCCUGGGUUGGCCAUCCAUAUAUGGAUGUUAUUGAUAAUUCUACGGAUUUUGAUACGAAAAUGAGGCGAUUAAUUUCGGCUUUAUGUCGUCGUGUAGGAAUUGAAGCAAGUGAUCGUCUACAGGAUGAAUCACAUAAAAUUAAAUUUCUGGUCAAUGGACCACCACCAUCAACAUCAUCAAUGUCAAUGCCACCGUAUCAAGAUUUUGAUGUUGUACAUGAUUAUUUAAUUACAUCGAAUCCAAAGAUUCAAUCACGUAUACGGAAACGUGGCCAAAACGGUAAUUGGAGCUAUCAGCAAACGGUUCGACGAUCUGAUGCCGGAUCACAGAUGGUUGAAUUACGUAGACAGAUCACUCAUCGUGAUUAUGUGACAUUAUUGGCACAGCGAGAUGAUAAUCAUCAUACUAUAUAUAAAACUCGUCGUUGUUUUCUUUGGCAGCAAACCUAUUUCCAAAUGGACAUUUAUCAGGCUCCACGUAAUGGUCUAAUCCUAUUGGAAGCUUAUACAACAAUAAGUGGUCAAGCGCUUAAAGCUAAAUUGCCACCAUUUUUGGAUAUUGUACGUGAAGUGACUAAUGAUCCAGAAUAUUCAAUGUUUGAAUUAUCUCGUCGUUUGGAAUCACCAAGCCGAAUAUGUAUCGGCGGUGUUCGUCAACUUUCUUCCGGUGGUCAUCGUGGAUCAAUUUCAUCCAGUGAUGAAUCUGUAAAUGAAAAUAAUUUAACAAAAAUGAAUGGAACCGGUAAUGGUGAUUGUCCAACUGGUAGAAAAUCACGACGUAAAUAUAGUGAAUUAUUACGUAAUUCAAAUAAUAUAUUAUCAUCACCAAAAACAACAACAACAACAAAGAUAAUGGUCAAAUUGAAAUGAAACCUAUG